AUGAAGACCUUCGCCGCCGUCGUCGCCCUGCUGCUCGCCGUCUCGGCCUCCGCCCACGAGGCCUCCCACCUGAAGAUCAGCACCAACGCCAAGAGCGUGAGCCAGCACCACGUCGAGGAGCGCGUGGUGGACCACAAGGCGCUGGCCAAGAAGCAGGACAUGUUCUACCGCAUGGCCCACAUGAAGUCCACGCCGUGGGACUCGCAGCCCGCCGAGCGCGAGGCCAAGUGCGAGGACCUGUGCAUGCUCAACGACUUCUGGGAGUUCCAGCAGGUGCGCAACUGCCUCAACCGCCCGACGAGCCUCUGCUCCAUCUACAAGACGGGCCUCGCGUCCAUGGACGUGGUGCUCACGGUGGCCGAGUGCACCUGCGGCGACAACAGCACGAGCUCCAGCACG